AUGGGGGUUAGGAGACGAGAGGAGGAUGUUGACUUGUCAAGUGAUAAUUCCAAAUUAAAUUCGAGUUGUAAGCCAGUUCUCAAGAAGAAUAAGUUAGUUCUUGAUAUUGUUUUGCCUGAAAACGAUGAAAUCAAUGACAUUCCAAGAUCUCAACGUAAUAAUAAGCACCAUUCAAUCCAGUAUGUGGAAGGUAUCAAAAAGAUUGAAACAUUGAAUAAGAAGAAGAAUGUAUUGCAAAACAAGACAAAGAGACAUUCAGUCAAAGAAAAGAAAAAGGGCAACGAAAAUCUCUGGAGUGAAGAGAUGGUAAUGUUGAAUGAUUUUAAAAACUUUACGGAUGCCUUAAUAGACGAAUUUAAAGUUGCAAGGGAGAAAAUGUUGCACGGAUGA